AUGAACGAAUGAGACCUGUGGUCCAUCUGAUAAGUGGACCCAUUUGAUUUUGUGCCGGAGAAUGUUAAGAUUGGAUUCCACCUGUGACUGACCCUAGAUUAUCCAGUCAGUAUAUGCUGCAACAGGAUGUUUGCAAAACGCUCCGUCCAUCUCACACCCAAGGAUACCAUUUGCAUUCUUGUUUCCAAUUUACAACAUAAAUAUGUCUGAUAUGGUGGGCCAUCACAAUUUUGGACGGCUAUGAUAGCUUGGAUUCUGCACAAACUUCCUACACCCACGUGCGGAAUGCCUUUCCAUGUGUGCACCUGCACAUCAGGCAACAUCCUUCCAGUCUCUUCCAAGAAAUUUUCACUGGCUUCUUUGAGAAGCUGGAAUCCGUCAAUGAAUUAGCCUCCGACCAAUCUGGACUCUUGGUUCUGCUUCUUCAGGAAUCCAUUAUAAAAAUACAAAUCCAGAGAAGUCCUUAAAAAAAAAAAAAAAAAAAAUCAUUUUCUCAGAAAAAGAAAGCCAAAAAAUAUACCAUGUGAUGGAGAGAAAAGUCAUAUACAACGGUUGUACCACAAGUUCUGAUACAGUUAGAAUAUCCAAUAUUAGCAAAAGGUGGGCCACGCUGUGAUGAUCACCUAAUAUGAAAUCAGGGCCGAUCCAGUCAUAAAGUGGGACACAACAUCAAAAUGGCCCACUGUACUUGUGUGGCCCACCAUCUGCACGGAUUGGAUAUUAUACACAUAUUACCUGUCAGUGGGGGAAAAAGGCUGUAUUAGAGGUUCUAACAAGGCCUCUGUAUCUGAUCAUUCCUGAUCAAUGGAUGUGAAACUAUGAGUUAUUUAAUUGACACGUGGCUUAGUGACCCAUGAUCGUUAAUUGUUCAUUAGAUGUGUCCCACUCCAUGAUGGAUGGACCACUAUCUGCAAAUUGAAUGGAUUUAAUGGUUCUGCCCCUCUGAUGGUACAGAUUUUAUCCUGAUUAAUUUUAAGUGUUGCCCAAUACACACCACCAUCCAUUUUUUGGUCACUGAUCAAAUGGUUAAGAUGGUCCAUUACCAGCAUUUGUAAUACCACUGCUAAUUUUCCAGGUCCAUCUAAUGAAUGGUGCGGAUCAUGGAUCAUUGUGGCCAUUUAUCCAUUUUUUUUUUUUUUGGGAGAUUUCACCAAAAUGAACUAUUUAAACAAUCUUUAAUUUCUUACCUAAACAAUAUAUUUUUUAAACCAUUCUUUGAGCAUUGAAUUGAAUAAUCAUCAGCAACUUCCUGUUGAUUUCCUUUGACAAAAGAGCUCAUGUGGAAAAUGAUAAUUAUAUAGGAGUUGGAUGCAGAAGCUUUCCCAAACAAGGAAUAAAGCCUUCCCAAACAAGAUGAACUCCCAUGACAGAAUCAGCAAUCUACCUGAAGUAGUCCUUCACAACAUCCUAUCUUUGAUGCCAAUGAAACCUGCAAUUAGAACCAGCAUUCUAUCAAGAAGAUGGAGAUACUUAUGGAGAAGCCGUUCCAUUUACACCCUUAUUUCAGAUAGUGCUGAGGAAUUAGUAUGUAGCCGAUCAGCAGAAGAAUUCGUGGACGGCGUCAAUCGAUACAUAAACCUCAACCAAGGUAAGGAGGUUGACACACUUCAGUUCUUUUUCUAUCCCGGUGAUCAGUAUGCAUUAGAUUACGAGAGGUGGAUCAAGUUUGCGAUAGAAGGGGGAGUUAGGGAGCUUGAUCUCGACUUCUGCCAUCGGUACCUACCCUUCAUCCUCAUAUGGGGACGGCCUAUGGAAGAUCGGAAGCCGUUUAAACUGCCAUCUAAUCUCUUUAGUUGUGAUUCUCUAACUCAUUUGAAUUUGAGUCGAUGCGAUCUCAACCUCCCAUCGAAUUUCAAUGGUUUUCGUUCUCUCAAAGUUCUCCAUCUUCAAUGGGUUAACAUCAACGAUGACAUGCUUCAAAGCGUGCUUUCCAAAUGCUCGAUGCUUGAGAAGUUGAGUCUGAUUGAGUGUGAUGACGUGACUUCGAUCAAUAUAUCAGCUCCAGAUCUGCAUCUUAAUAGCUUGACAGUGUCCAAUUGCUAUGCUGGCGAUCUCAAGAUUUUCGCUCCAAAUCUCCAAUCUCUCCACUUCAAUGCUGAUGUUAAUGACUACUGGUUUGAUAACAUCUCAUCGCUGGUGGAUGCCAUUGUUACUGCAGUAGGUACCAAUGCUUAUGAUUUCAAUUAUAAUCGGAUAAAGAUCUUGUCUGAAAUCCACCAUGUUAAGAUUCUUACAGUCUGCUCUAUGGUUCUUCUGCAUAUUGUUGCGGCAGUAGCAGGAGAAAUUGAACCAGAACAGGAAACAGACCUGCCUAUUACAUUUCACUGUCUACAAGAAUUGCAAAUGUUGAUGGAAUCUGCAAAUGAAUUUUAUCUCUCUGCCCUUGACACUUUCUUCACACAUUGCAUUUUCCCUUGCCUGGAGAAACUCUUCAUAGAGCUUGAAAGACACGGUGAUAUUACUUCAGAUGAACAUGUGGAAAUGCCAAUGGCGGGAUAUGUUUUCGACCAUUUGAAGAUGAUAAAGAUUAACAACUUCUGUGGUUGCAAGGACGAUCUUCAACUGGUGGAAUUUUUCUUAGAGAAAGCUGUUGUACUCGAGUCAUUAGUUUUAGUAGCUCCUAAGGAAAGCAUCAAGAACAACAUAGACGAUGAUUCUACAUCUCAAUUAGAGACUACUGAGGUACCAGUGAGGAUUCUCCGUGAACAGCUUCCACUGCUGUCGAAAGCAUCACCCAAUGCUCAGAUUGUAUUGUAUGAAUACUCAGAGGAUGAUAGAAGUUUUCACCCCACGCAUACCGAAGUUUAUUACUGGAUGUACUAACUUGGAGUUCUUUUCUUGGUGUGUAAACAGAGGAUUUCUGGAUUCUAGUAUCUAAUUACUACUUUUGCAUUUUGACUGUUUUUCUUUC